GAAGGAAAGAGGCCAGAGAGGAGAGAGGCCGGGGCCUUCUUGGUAUAGAGCUGCGGAGAUCUCUUUCUCUCCUUUCCCACAUCUCGCACCUCAGUUCUCCAGCCUCAAGCUAGGAGAGAAGGGAAGAAGAGGUCUCGCGGCUCGCAAGCUGCGCUUCUCCCUCUCUCUCUCUCACUCACUCGAUCGCGCGGUGUGAUGCGCGGUCAUGGGGCUGCAAGGAGAUAAGGCGACGCAUGACUUCCUCUCGCUGUGCAACGCCGCCAAGGACUCGACCCUGCCGCUUCUCCAGGAAUCCAAGAAGCCCCCUCCUCCCUCUCAAGGUUUCUUCCUCAAGACGCACGACUUCCUGCAGCCGCUGGAAAGGUCAUCCCUGUCGCCGCCGUCGCCCGCCGCUGGCAACAAGCAGCGACUCCAUCGGCACCCGCUGCCCGGCGGCGUCGGCGCCUUCAGCAUCACGGACGCGGCUGCCGCCGUCAAGCAGGAGUUGCCCUUCGCGCUUUGGACCCAGCCAGAUCCACGGGGUCACCCGUGGUCGCUCCCCUUCGCCGCGCGCUGCGUCGCCGUCUCCUCCGCCAGGCCGCAACCGCAGCAGCAGAGGCCGCCGGAGCGGAAGGCGGGCGGUGGCUUCAUGGACGCCGGCUCCAGAGCCAGCGGCGGCGCGGGCUUCGACGACGACCGCCGCGAGGUCUCCUCCUCGAUGAAAGAGCUCUCGGUCAUGGUGGAGGCGAAGGGUGGGAGCUGCAGCGGCAGCGCCGGGACGGACCAGCUGCCCAACUCGCCGCGUUCGAAGCACUCCGCCACCGAGCAGCGCAGGCGCAGCAAGAUCAAUGACAGAUUUCAGAUACUUAGAGAGGUUUUGCCGCAAAAUGAUCAAAAGAGAGACAAAGCAUCAUUUCUCUUAGAGGUUAUUGAAUACAUACGGUUUUUACAAGAGAAAGUACAAAAGUAUGAGGUUUCACACCAAGAAUGGAACCAAGAAAAUGCAAAGAUCGUGCCAUGGUCUAACAUCUACUUUCGAUCUUUCUGGAAAAAUGCACAGAACAAGGACGAAGUAAAUGAAGAUAUGAAUUCCGAUCCAUCGCAAGUUACCAAAAAUGGCUCCUCCCCUGGACUUCCUUUUGCUGCAAAACCUGAGGAUUAUAAUAAUGCAGCUGCAUUUGAAACUGCCUCAGGUGCACAGGAACUGGCACAAACCAAUCCAAAGGGUUGUGUGUCCUACAAAGAGGCUGAAACUCCCAGUAACGUUGCAAACAAUGUUGUGUCCCAGCAACCAGCGCAACUGAUAAAAUCAUCGCCCACAGAGGACUGUGCAGUAAACAGUGAAAUGUUAAAUAACCCAGAAUUAGCAAUUGAUGAGGGAACAAUCAGCUUGUCAAGUCAAUAUUCCCAAGGGUUGCUUAGUACAUUGAAUCAUGCCCUGCAAAACUCGGGUAUAGAUUUGUCACAAGCUAGCAUCUCGGUGCAGGUCAAUCUUGGGAAGCGGGCUAUCAAGAGACCCGCUCCUGGUGCAAACUCCACUUCCAAGGAGCUCACCAGUCAAGCAUCUCAUGAUCAAGUGAUCGGGCACCAGCUAACCAGCGAUCGGUCAGGGAAUGGCGUUCGAGAACAUCCGCAGGCAACGAAGCGCCACAAAUUGGACAGGUAACAGCUAUUCAGUGCUCUCCUCUGAAGACCGGAGCCCGGGAUAAUCCAUCAAUUUUUUGUGCUCCCUCCGACUACAGGGGGCCUUGAUGCUGUGUGUAUAUUAUGCUUCACGUGACAGCUAGGCCAACAACUCUACGCCGCAUUCUUUCAUUUCAUCGCUUGCCGUUCUAGUCAUAGGCUGCUUCCCAAAGCUUCCAUCGCAGAUUGUGAAGCUGCUUUUGUUCAUAUGCUUCCAUUCAUAUGAGAAGUUACUUCCCUCUCUGACAGGCCUCUCUUAUAACAUAUUUUGAUGCACCAUUCCUGUCAUCGUUGUGCAGCUACUUCGAAGUAAACAUCAAUGUGUUGUAACCUUCUCUGUACUGUCCACUGUGCCCUUGCAAGGAUGCUUUCAAUUAGGCAUCUUCAAUGGUUAUCUUUAACUGA